UCUCACGUAUCGUCCUGGUACCUGUUUUGACGCGGACCAGAAAUGACGCACCGAUUUAGUUUUCGGUUUUAUAUUUCUAAACAAAAGCCGUGACGUCAUCAACAUUUGCUGUUCAUAACGUUAUGGUGAAGGUCGUCUUACUACAACGAAGAUGCCUAAAACUCCGCCCAGAAAGAAAUUUACUAAAGCGUACAGAAAAUAUUCACCAUCACAAUUGAAUAAUGCAUAUCAGAUAGUAAAAGAACAAGGCAUUCCUAUCCGGACAGCGGCACGUACAUAUGAAGUACCUGAAGCUACUCUACGACAUAGACUGAGUGGCUAUGUAAAUCCUGAAGCUGUCAAGUCCGGACCAGCACCUUUAUUUAAUGAAGAAGAUGAAGCAGAUCUUGUUAAUCACUUGAAGCUCAUGGCUAGAGUGGGAUAUGGUUACAGCAGGUCAGAAGUAAUAGAUAUUGCAACAAAUUAUGCCAUUUACAAAGGAUUAAGGGACAGUGAACAUCCAUUAUCAACAAAGUGGUAUAAAAACUUCAUGGCUCGUUGGCCAGAUUUAAAAAUCAUUAAACCAAGAAGUCUUGAAAUGCAGCGUGCAAAAGCUACAUCUGAGGUCAAUGUGCAGAACUAUUACUCUGAACUUCACAAAAUUUUGGAAAAAUAUGAUCUGUUUGAUAAACCAGAAAGAAUUUACAAUGUUGAUGAAAAAGGAAUAUGCACUAACCAUAAGUCUCCAUAUGUUAUUGCAGCUACAGGAUCUACACCACCAGCUAUUACUUCAGGGGACAAACACUUGGUCACAGUCUUAGGGUGUGGAAAUGCACAAGGCCACAGUGUGCCACCGUUCUUCGUAUUUCCUGGUAACAGGAUGAGACAAGAACUUCUUGAAAAUAAGUCAACAGGUGCAGACGGUGAUGUUUCAGAAAGCGGCUGGUCUAAUACAGAAAUUUUCCGCAAAUACAUGGCGAAUCAUCUUUUGAAAUACAUACCCCACAGAACAUCUGAUGUUCCAGUAUUAAUUCUUUUUGAUGGACAUAAAUCCCAUAUUUCAUUGGAACUAAUUGAAUGGGCAAGAAAAGAAAAUAUUAUUUUGUUUGUCUUACCUGCACAUACAAGCCACAUUCUCCAACCUAUGGAUGUAGGAUGCUUUGGACCUUUUGAAAGGAUUUUUAAUAAUGAGUGCCACAAAUUUAUGCGGCAAAACUGUUCACAACCAAUAACACGUUAUAAUAUAUGUGGUCUGGCUUGUAAGGGUUAUCUCCAUGCACUUUCACCUAGCAAUUUGCAAAGUGCAUUUAGAAAAACUGGGAUUUACCCGUAUGAUCCUCACAUGGUUGAUCGUUCCAAUUUUGCACCAGCACAAGUGUUCAUUCAAGAAGAUUCCAUAGAAGAAACAUGUGAAACUGAAGACAGAGAACCUGUACAUGAAAUUGAACCAAUUGAGAAAGAUAUAGAUGUACCUGUUGAAGAAAUUGAAAUUAACAUAAACAAUGUGAAGAAAAUGAACAUGCUUUAACAAUCAAUGAAACACAAGAAAAAACAGUGUCGGAGAAGAAUGACACUUUUUUUGAAGAUCGAGAGAAAAACCUAUUCAAAAAGAAACCUAGAACUAAACAAAGACGCUAUCUGAGCAAAGUUGUAAGUGGGAAGGCAAUUACAGAGAAUGAUACAAUUGAAAAAAUUAAAGAACAUAAGGAGAAUGUAAGCAGAAAACCAAGUCAGAAAAGUCAGAAAAGUAAAUCAAAUGAGAAAGGAAAACAGUUAGCUAAACCUUCAAAAUCAUCAAAACAAGUGAAGUCAAAAAGAGUUCCAAAAAAGACAAUAACAGUU